AUGUUGAUUAUAUAUCUACAACUCCAGUUCACAAACAUUGCCCCAAGCUCUCUAGCUUUAUAUAUUUCUCUCAAAAUCGCUCUCAAAACUCCAAAUCCCUUAUUAAAGCUCUUGGAUUAACUCAUGGAAGUUCUAAAGAAUUCACCUUCAUGCAGAAACCUAAUCACCAUUCUCAGUAUUGAUGGUGGUGGAAUUCGGGGGAUCAUCCCCAGUGUCAUCCUUACUUUUCUAGAGUCUGAACUUCAGAAACUGGAUGGCGAAGAAGCAAGAAUAGCAGAUUAUUUUGAUGUGAUUGCCGGGACUAGCACUGGCGGCCUGGUGACAGCCAUGCUAACUGCUCCUAAUGAAAAAAACCGUCCCCUGUUUGCUGCCAAAGACAUAAAAGACUUCUACCUCACCCACUGUCCUAACAUCUUCUCCCAAUCCAGUAAUCCAUUACUUGGUCAGGCAGAAAACCUCAUCAAUUUUAUGUCUGGACAAAAAUAUGAUGGAAACUAUCUGCAUGAGCUGCUUAGGGACAAGUUGGGAAACACAAAAUUGCAUCAGACAUUGACUAAUGUUGUUAUUCCUGUGUUUGAUAUCAAAACAAAUCAACCAGUCUUCUUUUCCACCUACGAGGCGAAGAGAAAUCCAUCUUUAGAUGCGUUACUGUCGGACGUCUGUAUUGGAACCUCAGCAGCACCGACUUAUCUUCCACCCCAUCAUUUCACCACCAAAAAUACUACUAGCAGUGGUACUGAAGAAAUCAAAGAAUUCAACCUAAUAGAUGGUGGUGUUGCAGCCAAUAAUCCGACUUUAGUGGCUAUGGGGGAAGCAAAGAAGGAGAUGACAGAGGUCAGAGGAGGCUCCCCGCCGUGUCAUUACAUGACCAGAUUUCUGGUUAUAUCCUUAGGAACUGGCUCAAACAGAUCAACCAAAAACAAACACAGUGCAAAAGAGGCGACCAAAUGGAAUUUGUUUGGUUGGCUACCUCGUAUAGUUGAAGUAUUCACUCAAGCCAGUGCCGACAUGGUCGACUACCACAUCUCCGUCGUACUCAAAAUGCUAGAAUCUGAAGACAAUUACCUUCGUAUUCAGGAUGAUACAUUAAGUGGGGUGAUGGGUUCAAUUGAUAUAGCAACAAAGAAGAAUUUGGAUGAUCUUGUGGAAGUAGGGGAAAAACUUUUGAAAAAGCCAGUUUCUAAGGUUAAUAUGGAAACGGGUUUGAUUGAGCCUUGUGGUCAAGGAUCUAAUGAAGAGGCUCUCAAGAGGUUACAAAUCUUAACUACCCCUAAUUAAUUUCUUUAAUUCAUACAAUAUAUAUAUAUAUAUGUAUAUAAUUCUUCUCGUUACAGGUUAAUUAAUUUCUUUAAUUACC